UUUCUCCUUUUGUGGGUGACGUUCUGGAGGAGGAGGGGGAGGAUGUGCCCUUCCUUCCCCUCUGUGGACUCUGGACCCUCAGUCACAGAGAAGGCUGAGCAACAUGAAGAAGCUGGUGGUGUUUUUGCUGUGCCUGGCCCUGCUGGUCAUCUACACAGAUGCAAACCCCAUCAUCAAGGAGAGCUUUGCUAAGCAGCUUCUCCGCAGUAAGAGACAGGAGCGCCCAGUGAAACCAGGACACCCUGAUGAGCCCAUGAGGGAGCACCUGCUGCACAUGCAGGCUCUGGAUCAGAGGGCCCAGGAGACCAACCUGGAGCACUGGCUGAACCCACACUGCUACCCACGCUGCGACAGGAACUACGGAUACCCCGUCUGAUGAGGACCGACGUCCCACAAGAAACGGGAGCAACAUCGAGACUCAGUAAUGGCAUCAGUGGGAAAACAUGACGGAAACAAAACCACUUCUCGUGCUUUGGUUUCUGCUUUUUCUGCUGCUGAAUAAAUAAAUACUGAUACUGAAUAAAUGCUCAUGCAUGUAUAAUCCUUUAAUAGUGUAAUAGUGUAGUUACCAACACCAAGGCUACAUGUUUUUCCCUGAAUUAAACAACACAAUAAAUUUUUUACAAGCAU